AUGCUGCUGCCGAUCUCCUCCUCGUCGUCACCAUAUGUCCUCCAGCUGCAGCAGUUCCACUUUGAUGUCGUUGGCGGCUUGCCGUGUGCGCCCGAUAUGGCUUUUCUCGCCUUUACCCCGAGCAAGGACUCGCCAUCCUCGGUCUCGGACGCCGAUUCAUCGGGUGUGCUCUCGAGCCGGACUGCUUUGCCGACCAUCUCGAUGAUGACCAUCAUCGUGGCGGUCGAGACGCCCGAGUACCUGGUCGAGUGGCAGAUCAAGAUUACCGAGGUUGUAGCCGGCCUGGAGCAGGAACUUGCAGGCGGGAACUCGACCGUCACAUUCUCGCGCGGUAUGUCGUCCCGCUUUGGCUCGUCCGUCUCGCUUGUGGCGAGACGUCGGUCCGGGACUGACACCCUGCUUGACAGCAGCCGCUCUACCAAGUCGGGCAAGACGGCGACUCGCGGAUGGGCGACCAUCACGAUGCCGCGUAAGAAGAUCAUGUCGGGUGCACACGGCGCGCAGGCGACGGUGACGUGGGUGCCGACCGAGACCGAGUACAAUGUGACCGAAGAAGAGCCGCCAGCACUUGUGGCUUGGUAUCAGCGGUUUUUCGCAGCCUCACCGCACGCCAACUUUGUGGCGGACAUCCCGGCCCGUGGCGGGAUCCACAUUGUCUCGAUCGCUCGUAGCGGCGCAACCACAAUCCGUGCCAUUGUGUGGAAUGCGCACUCAAUCGCACGUUUUCAGCUUACCACUCCCCUUGCGUUCAAGUCGUAUCGGCGCGACCUGCGUGCCGUUCUCAAUCACUUUGGGCCCCACUGGGAGAAGCGUGAUCGCAAGUCCAAGUGGCAGUGUGUGGUCGGCCACGGCCUCGUCCGCACGCUCUCCGAGCUCGAGCAAGCGGCGUUUGUGACACGGCUGGAGUUGUGCCUGCUGUAUGUGGCCCGCGAUGAGCGGCACAUUCUUCAGCGGACCACAGCUUUUGUCAACUUCCUGCUCCUCCUCGCCAGGCUGCUCGGCACCUCGUACGCGGCCGAGAACUCGGUCAUGCGCGGCUCUCUAGGCUCGAUGGAGGUCUUGGUCAACAUUGUUGAGACAGUCGACACUGGCGAGAGGUUGCCGAACUCUUCAAAGGCGCGCGCGGCCGAGUCGACGGUGACGCUGGUCUUCCUCUCUGAGCCUGGCAUGGUCUACACGCCCCCGCCGCUUGCUCAGCACUUGGCCGAGGUCUUGUGUGUCCUCGCGCCACACCGAGUGUACCCGUCGAUGUACAAUGCUGCCUUCGCGCACAGUAACUCGAGCCUCUCGUUUGGCCCGCUGCCGCUGGGCCACCCACGCCAACUCACCCGCGCCUUUGUCGCUUCGCUUCUGAUCAACCUCAAGAACGGUCUGGUCUCGGCCUCACACUCGGCAACCGGCACCGCCACCACCGCUCGUGCACAACGGUACUCAGCGCUUGUCGACGCAGCAACGGCCGUCAACGACGGCGCGCCCGAAUUUGCCCUCGGAUCCGACUCGGGCGCCGACGCCCAUCUCGGCGACCUACCCGCCGCCUUUGUCCCACAGCUCUCGUUUGCUACCGACAUCUUUGUCGUGUAUGGCCCGGUCAUGCAUGUCGACACCAUGACCACUACUUGGAUCCCCUACUCUCGCGGGAGCCACGACUCGACUCACCCGCUCAUCGAACCCGGCGCGUCGGCGCUGAAGGUUAUCGACGACAUCAACGUCGUGGUUGUCAAGUUUGCGCGAGCCAAGCUUGGCGUUGGCUACGCGCAUCUCAACUCGAUCGGCACAGUGAUCAUGCACCAACUCGAGGCAACCCGGAAUGCCACAAGCUUUUCGGUCCAUACGGAGGCAGCACUCGGGACGGUAUCCUACUUUGUGGCAGUCCUGGUCAAGUCGCGGGUCGAGGUCUUCAAGUGGUCAGCCUCCCGGUUCGUGCACUACACCUCGCUCUCACUUGACGCGGCGCCCCUGGCAGUCUCGUACAUCCCAUCGUCGCUUCUUGCCAUGGCGCUCCCGACAGGCUUUGUCGUCAUGUCGCCUGUCAGCGGCCGCUUCCGCCACAUCCGCGGCUCGCAGCACCUGCCUCCACCGAUGGUCGACACUAUUUUGUCGUCGUUUGCCCUGCCGGUCUCGAUCACGAGCCCCGACUCGCACCUUCUCAUUACCUCGAACAUGACAUCGUCGCUCUUCAACGCCGACACGCUGCGCCCAGUCGUACCCGCAGUCGACAUCAUGUGGUCGUUCCGCCCGCGCGACGUUGCUGUCGUCGAGCUCUACGUCCUUGCCCUCUCGACUGUCAACGAGAUCGAGGUCCGCCAGAUCCGUAGCGGUGCGCUCGUUCAGAUCCUCCGCCUCCCGCAGCCGUUUGCGUUUGGGCCAGCCUUUCACACCGCUGACGGCGCACCCAGACUCCACGUUGUGUGUGGCGACUCGCAUGGUUCGACCGUGGUAUACAUGAUCAAGCCGGCCGAGCAUCCCGAUGGUCUGCCGCCGGCGUUCAACCGCAUCAACACGCUCCAGGCGGUCCAGCUCAAGAAGGGCAGCAGCCGCGACUCGGGAUCAUCCGAUGGCUUGGACAUACGCAGCACGACUGUGUUUGACGGCUCGAUGUCAGAUUCUCUCGGAACAGCCAUGUCGGUUCCGGAGCUGGGUGCGCUCGUCGAUACCAUCGCCCCGCUCGACACGAUGCAGUCGACCUCGUGCACUCUGAGCGCGGGACAGGCCCUAGUUACGUCUGAAAUCUCACCCGAGGAGCGUACGCGCCAAGCAUGUUCUCUUAGUUUGGGCUUGUCGGCCUCGGGUGACACCUCGCUCACCAGCGAGGCCGCGAGCGCGAACGCGAGCGGGUCCGAAUGCGAGUUCGACGGCGAGUCGUGGAACGGCAACGUGUCGGCGUCGUUGUCGGGCUAUGAGGGGUCGUCAGCGGUGGCGGUGUUGUCAUCGUCAUCGUCGUCGUCAUCAUCAUCAUCAUCAUCGUCGUCGUCAUCGUCGUCGGCAUCGUCGGCAUCGUCGUCGUCGGCGUCGUCAUCGCAUGCCUCCUUCUCGCCGUUGCUCGAGGCAAGCGAGAGCACCUGGUCGACCCUCGUGCGGCGGGCUACCCCCAUUCUCGACAGCUCCGGCUCGCAGCGUCUGACCGUCAUUGUCGAUGGCAGCCUGUCUCGCACCCUGGCGCUCAGUAGUGACUCGUCGUCUCGCACUUCGGCCGAGCAGCUGCUCUCACCAUACAUCACCCCCACGCCCUCCACCGAAGCCGUUCUGGUUUUCUCGGUCUCGUUCCAUGCCAACUCCGACCUUGCCGCCGACGACGAUGACGACUCGGACACCUUUACGGCCGACACUCUUCAUCGGCCGUCGCCAUUGACGCCCACCUACUCGCCAUCGUUCGCCCAGUCCCCGACACUGCAGUCGACAGCGGCACCGCUGAGCUCGUCGGGCGAGUUUGAUGGCACCCACUACUUCAGGGACCUCUCAGACACCCUUGCCGAAUGUCCUGACCUCAGCAGCCUCCCGCCGACAAAGUUCUUGGCACCGUUCACCGAUGUGGUGCGAUCCCGUGAGGCGACGGGCCAGAUCACAACAGCGGCGCUUGCUGCGCUGCACACGUUUGUGACUACCGACGGCCUGCUGACUGCCUGUGGGAGUGAGGCUCAGGUGGCGUCUGCUGUUGCCGCCGUCGUCCACGCGGUCAUCCAGUGCCGGUUCGAUCCGACUGACCGCGAGACCGACGCCAUCGUUCUCCGCCAUGUGCUCAAGGUCCUUGUGGCGCUCAUCACGUCGCCGGCGCUGGCGGGCUACCUCUCGGACGCGCACGUGUGCGACAUCCUACAGACCGCCUUCCGGAUGUGCUUUCAGCGGCACAUUUCGCGGCUCUCGCAGUCACUCGCUGAGGACGCACUCUUCUCCAUGGUUUCGACGCUGUUUCGCGACUUUGUGGCGUCAUCUCAGGCGCUGGCCAGCGCCCCGCAGCCCGAGUCUUCAGACGAGGGCAUGCCGGACGACCGCGACAACGUCGACGAUGCCGAGUCGUCGGCUGGCUCGGGCUACGUUCUCAUCGAUCCCCCGCGUGUCGGCGGCCCGGUUCCGGCGUCGAUCUCUCUGCGGUCCACGACGCCGCGGCCAUCGUCGGCGUCAUCGGCUGGCGGCGGCGGCGGUGGCAGCGGCGGGCCGGCCUUUCCGGCCGACGGCGCUUCAGCAGGCUCUUCCGACGCCGUAGUGGACGGGGCCGCGGCUAGCGAGGCCGGGCCGCGAGGAUCAUCGCGGCCUGUUCGCCGCGGCCACGGUCUUCCGGCGCUUGUCGAAGUCCUCCGCUUCCUCACCUCGCUUCUCGACGGCAACGAGCCGGCCAACACAGCAGCCAUGCAGGGCCUGGCCCUCGGGCUCGUCAACACGGUGCUCGAGGUGCUCGGCCACGAGCUCGUGAGCCUCCCGCAGCUGCUCAACCUUGUCUCGGGCCCGCUCGCCCACGCCGUCUACGGCCUGCUUCUCAAGCCGGUCUCGACCGCGACGCUCACGCUUGCGCUGCGGCUGGUGGGCAACCUGUACUUUUUUGUGCCCGGCCACUGCAAGCUCCAGCUCGAGCUCUACUUCAACACUCUCCUCGACACGCUCAUCGAUGGCUCGCACUCGUCGUAUGAGCACCAGGAGAUUGUGCUCGAGUUUUUUGUCUCGCUCUGCCGCGACCCGGACUUUAUGCAGGUCCUCUACGUCAACUACGACUGCGACAUCCAUUGCUCGCCGCUUUUCGAGACGCUAACCAAAUUCCUCAGCAAGUCGUCGUUCCCCAUCAACGGCGAGCUCUGCUCGCUCCACCUACUCGCCCUCGACGCGCUCCUCGGAGUCAUCAAGGGUAUGGCGUCGCGUGCCGAGCCUGGCGCCGUGGCCGCUGCCGCCGGGGCAUCACCCGAUGCGCUCCGCUCUGCGCGCGCGCUCAAGGCCAAGCACGCCACCGCCGCCGCCAAGUUCAACACCAAACCCAAGCUCGGCGUGGCGUUUAUGGACGAGGCCGGACUAUUGGAUGAUUCAGAGGCGCGGGCGGAGCAGCUUGCGGCCUUUCUCCGCCAGACGCAAGCACUCGACAAGGCCCAAGUCGGCCAGUACCUGGCGGGCAACACUCCGUUCAACACCGCCGUCCUCGCCGCGUAUCUGGCGACGUUUGACUUUGCCGGUGCCUCGGUCCACGGCGCGCUCCGCAUCUUCCUCGAGUCGUUCCUCAUUCCGGGCGAGGCACAGCAGAUUGGGCGCAUCAUCGAGCAGUUUGCCAUUGCGUACUACAAGGCCAACGCCGACGCCGAGUCGCCAGUCGCCAAUGCUGACGCCGUUGAGGUCCUCGCCUUCUCCAUCGUCAUGCUCAACACCGACCAGCACCACCCGACGGUCAAGAACCGCAUGACCCUCGCCGACUACCGCAAGAUGCUUGCAGGCGUCAACAACGGCAGCGACUUUCCCGAGGCCUUUGUCGCAGACAUCUACGACUCGAUCUCCUCGCGCGAAAUCAUGCUCGAGGCCAAGGACGAGGCUCAGGCGUCCGAGGUGGCGUGGCGCAAGCUGGCAUCUGCCGCGCCGCUCCACGAUCCGGCUGUGUUUGUGGUCGCCGCCAGCGUCGUGCACGACGCCGAGAUGUUUGCUCUCCUCUGGGGCCCGCUCCUCAACGCCAUUUCGAUUGUCUUUGACGCUGUCGACGACGAGCGCAUUUUCCAAAAGGCCGUCGAGGGCUUUUACUUUACCGGCAAGUGCGCGGCUGCCCACGGCAUGACUGAGCCAUUUGACAACCUCAUCAUCAAGCUCUGCCAGUGCACCACGCUGCCGCUCGGCCCGUCGGCCUCGGGCUUUGCCAACUCGCUCAAGGCCCAGAUGGCGGCCAUCACGCUCUUUGCCAUUACCCGCACCUACGGCUCACACCUCUCGGAAGGCUGGCGCAAUGUCCUCGACACCAUUCUCUGUCUCUACCAGCUUGGCCUCCUUCCGCGUGAGUUUCUCACUGUCCCGCCCGGCUUUGUCGCUUCCGACCCGCUCGUCCUUCCCUCGGCCUUCCCGCUCUCGCCCAAGCCCAAACCCUCGCCCGGCCUCCUCUCGACCUUUUCGUUUUUCCUCCCCUUUGCAUCGUCGUCGGACGAAGGGGCUGCAAGUGCCGGGUCGCCGGGCAGCGGCACGGGCGCCGGCCCGCACCCGGGCGUCGACGAUGCCGCCGACGCCGUUGCGGCCUGCCACAUCGACAAGCUGUUUGCCAGUGUGGCGCCGCGCUUUGACGCGCCGUCGCUGGUCUACAUGGUGCAAGCCAUUGUCAAGCUCGCACCCGCGCUCAACGCCGCAGGCUCGACGUCGAGCUCGCCGUCGGGCGCCGCAUCCCCACCGGGGCUCGACGUCGACGGCACCGCUUACCAGGUCUCGGGCAAGGCCGCCCUGCUUGUCUUCUGCCUCGAGCGCGAGAUUGCGCUCCUCGAGGCCGCCGUCGGCUAUCACUCCCCGGGCACCCUCUCCACCCUCUGGCACGUCGUGAUGAGCCACGUUAGCGAGGUGCUGGCGUCGGCCGGCGCCGCCGGUUCGAGCGCGCCCACCUUGGUGCUCCAGCGUGCCGCCCUCGCCGUCAUCCGCCUCGUCGCCGCGUUUGCGACGUCGGCCGCCGCUGACGGCGGCGUCGGCGCCGCCGCCAUCGCCGAUGCGCUGCAGCUUCUGGUCAAGCUCCCGGGCCCAGCAUUUGCCCGGAUCGGCGACGAAGUUGCCGCCGGCGUUGCCUCGCUCGUCGCAUCGUGCGGGCCGCAGCUCGGUGGCGAGGCCCAGUUCUGGCUCAACGUGCUGCAGCUCGUCGCCCGCGCCGCCCGUCAUCCUCAGGCUGUCCUCUUUGGCCUCCACACACUCAAGGCUUUGUUUGCGGCCGAGGGCCAGAGCGGGCUUGAGGAGCACCUGUUUGUGGCGCUUGACGGCUCGCCGUCGGCCGUUGCCGAGGCACAGUCGGAGGCGGUGUUCAAGCACUUGAUGGCGGCGCUGGUGGCGUACCUCGUCAACGGGGCCUCGCAGUCGGACGCCGGAACACCGCUCGAGCUUGUCCGCGCGCUUCAAGUCAGCCUUGUGCAGCGGUUGGAGUCACUGUCGGCGUCGAGUCGCGCGGUGGCCAUCUCGUCGGGCCGUCUGUGGUCGCUCUACUGGCGACGACUGCUGCUGGUGUACUCGGACGCAGCGCAGCAUGGACAGCACGAGUCUGUCCGAGCCGCCGCCACCGAGCUGCUGCGGCAGGGCGCGCUACAUGAGGUUGUGUCCGGCUUUGACCUCCGCGCGCUGGUCGAGCUCUUCCGCGACGCGCUCUUCCCGCUCCUCAUGUGCUUGGUCGAGUCGCCGCCGUCGUCGGGCGCGCUCCUUGUCAACGCGCGCAUCCGCGCCUCAUCACUCAUCACCGCCGUCUUUCUCGCCAAUCUCCGCGCUCUGCUUGCUCUCGAGGACUUUGGCACGCUCUGGCUCAACCUCGUCCGCUUUCUGGAAGAGUUUGUGCGCAGGUCCGACCGUGCAGAUGCUGGCGGCCUCGCGCUCACCGAGGCCAUCGGCGAGACGCUCAAGAACUGUCUCAGGGUUAUGGCCGUCUCGGGCGUCUUUGACUUUGUGGCCGGGGACUCGCCGCGGGCCAAGCUUUGGGCCUCUACCGCCACCGCCAUCGCCGCCUUUCUCCCCUCCCUCGUCUCGCCCGACUUUGUCGCCGAGCUUAGCUCCGUCCAGGCCGGCGAGCUCCCGGCCCCGUCAGCCCCGGCCGUCGUUGACGAGUCGUCUGUCUACGCCGACGUCUCGCACUACUCGGUCUAUGACGACGACCACACCGGCGUCGAUGGUCCCGCAGACGACGACGAAGACACUGGGGCACCGUCGUCGCCGACAUCGAUGUCGUCGCCGCCGGCGUUUACCUCUGAGGCUGGCGAUCGCGUGGUUGGUUCCGAAGAGGUGGAAGAGGAGGCCAACGGGCCGACGGUGGAGCAAGACAUGGAGGCGGCGCUGGGAGAGGACGAGGGGCGUGUGGCUUCGGACGAGGACGAGGAUGGUGAGGAGCUUGUGGGCGACGACAUGGCGCGUGACUACCGGGCGAUUGCAGAGCUCGAUCGGUACGAGACCCGUGGGGUGGACGACGAUACGGUGGACGAGAUGGACGCUGUGGCGCGUGCGGCGGCGGAGCGUGCGCUUGACGAUCGCGAUGCCGAGAUGCGCGGGCGGCGGUCGCGGAUGCCGCGGGCGCUGAUGUCGUCCGAGGGCUCCGACGACGACGGGCCGCGGCGGCGGCGGCGGCGCGGACUGUCGUCGAUGGGUUCUGACGCCGGGCUCAUGUCGAUGGCCGGCGAUGAGGAAGGCGGAGCCGAUGAGUACCUUGACGAGGACAUCAAUCUGGAAGACUACAAGGGCUCACUUCGCGAGUAUAUUCUGAAGGACGGCCCGCGGCGCGAGAUUGCACGGCGGCUGACGGCGUUCCUCAAGGAGUUUGUGGACGAGGAAGGGCACGCAGUUUACUCUGUGCGGAUCCGUAACAUGUGUGCGGCCAACGGCGAGUCGCUGCAUGUCUCGUACCUGCACAUGGUGGACGCUGUGGACACGCUCGCCAUGUGGCUGGCAGACCACCCGACGGAGAUGCUUGAGAUUUUCGACGAGGUCGCGCUCGCAGUGGUCCUCGAGGAGUUCCCCAACUACCAGUCGAUCCGGACCGAGGUGCACGUGCGGAUCACGGACCUUCCGAUUGAGGACUCGCUGCGUGCGCUGCGGCAGGUCCACCUCAAUGCGCUGGUCAAGGUGACCGGGGUGGUGACGCGGCGGACGUCUGUCUUCCCGCAGCUCACGUACGCAAAGUACAACUGCGACAAGUGCGGGACGCUCAUUGGUCCGUUUUUCCAGAACGAGACAACGAGCAAGAUCGACAUUGGCUCGUGUCCCGAGUGCCAGUCCAAGGGCCCGUUCACGGUCAACUCUGCGCAGACGGUCUACCGCAACUACCAAAAGGUGACGCUUCAAGAGACGCCCGGGACGGUGCCGCCGGGACGGCUGCCGCGGUACAAGGAAGUUGUCCUCCUGUGGGACCUCAUCGACUCGGUGCGGCCGGGCGAGGAGAUCGAGGUGACAGGCGUUUACAAGAACACGUACGACUUUGGGCUCAACGUCAAGAACGGGUUCCCGGUCUUUGCCACGGUCCUCGAAGCCAACUACAUUUCGACCAAGGACGACCAGUACCAGGCGUUCCGGCUCACCGACGAGGACGUGGCACAAAUCCGCAAGCUCGGCUCGGACGAGCGGAUCGGAGAGAAGAUCAUCAACUCGAUUGCGCCUUCGAUCUACGGCCACCGUGACAUCAAGACGGCGCUGGCGCUGCUGCUGUUUGGCGGCGAGCCGAAGGAGGUCUCCAAGCACCGGAUGCGUGGCGACAUCAACGUGCUGCUGAUGGGUGAUCCCGGAACCGCCAAGUCGCAGUUCCUCAAGUACGUGGAGAAAACAGCCCAUCGGGCGGUGUUCACCACCGGGCAGGGCGCGUCCGCGGUCGGUCUCACCGCCGCUGUCCGCCGCGACCCGAUCACGUCCGAGUGGACGCUCGAGGGCGGCGCUCUAGUCCUUGCCGACCGCGGCGUGUGCCUCAUCGACGAGUUUGACAAGAUGAACGACCAAGAUCGGACGUCGAUCCACGAGGCCAUGGAGCAGCAGUCGAUCUCCGUCUCCAAGGCUGGCAUUGUCACGUCGCUGCAGGCGCGGUGCUCCAUUGUGGCGGCGGCAAACCCGGUCAAGGGCCGGUACGACCCGUCGCUGCCAUUCAACGCCAACGUUGACCUGACCGAGCCCAUUCUCUCGCGGUUCGACAUCCUGUGCGUGGUGCGCGACACGGUGGAUCCUGUGCAGGACAACCGGCUCGCGUCGUUCAUUGUCGGCUCGCACAUGGACAACCAUCCCGACGUCGUCGUCGACAUGGCUGAGGAGGAGGAGGUCACCGAGGCCGCCAUCUCGCAGGACAUGCUCCGCAAGUACAUCAUGUACGCCAAGCAGCACAUCCACCCCAAGGCCGCAAGCAUCGACGACGAAAAGGUGACCAAGCUCUACGCCCGCCUCCGUGCAGAGUCGGUCAAGUCGGGCGGCAUUGCCCUCACCGUCCGCCACAUCGAGUCCAUCAUCCGCAUGGCCGAGGCCCACGCUAAGAUGCACCUCCGCCAGUCGGUCCGUGACGACGACAUCAACGUCGCCGUCCGCGUCAUGCUCGAGUCGUUCAUCGGCGCUCAAAAGUACCAGAUCAAGGAGUCGCUCCGCAAGAAGUUUGCCCGCUUCAUUGCCUACAAGCGCGACAACAACGAGCUGCUCUUCUACAUUCUGCAGAAUCUCGUCCGCGACACCGUCGCCUUUCUGCAGAUCAAGCACGGCGACGCUGCCCCCAACGUUGUCGAGAUCCAGAUGGAGGAGUUCCAGGCCAAGGCCAACGAGCUCCGUGUCUACGACCUUGCUCCCUUCUUCUCCUCGCCCAUGUUUAUCGACAACGGCUUUGAGGUCUCUCCCAACGGCUCCUCCAUCCGCAAGAUGCUGUAACGCGCGCACUUGUGUGGCUGUGCGACAUGAUAAAUAAGCUUUCCUGCUCC